AACGAAAACGAAUAAAAACAUUUGAGGAGUGAUGAUCUGCCCUCAGAAGUGAUCAUUCCACCCGAAUUCUUGAUGAGGAUCAGAUGUCAGGGAAGUCUUAAAUCGUGUCAGCUGCGAACCAAUUAGCAGAUAGGAGAAACUGAUACUAAGAUAACGUACGAAAGUCUCCGUCGCUCCAAUUCACUAUGAUGAGGUUGUCCCUGGUGAUCGUUGUCCUAAUGUCAGGCACAUAUGCAAGCAGAAAUGGAAUUUCAGAGGAAAUAACAAAUACCAUCGAAGAAUCUUUAAAAUGUAGGAACAAUCCAGCCCUCGCCAUUUCUGUAGUCAAAGACGGGAAAGUCGAGUAUUCUCGAGGAUUUGGCUCCAGAGUUUCGGGUCACCAGAUGAACGUGAGCGGAUCUACGAUUUUUGGUGUGGCGUCCCUUUCUAAGGCAUUUGCUGCAACUUUGAUUGUUAAAUUACUGGAUGAAAAUAGCAAAUACACAGUUGAUACCCCACUGAGAGUCCUGUUUGAUGAUGAUUCUUUGUUCAAAGACGAGAUACUCUCACGGUACUCUACAAUCCGGGAUCUCCUGUCACAUCGAAUGGGCAUUCCGGGCAAUAACGCCAUUCGACUGGACACCAAUUUGACCCGUGAAAAUUUAAUCCAAAGAUUGAAACAUUUGGAUAGGACAGGUAGAUUUAGAGACAGCUUCUUCUACAGCAAUUUAAUGUAUGGGUUGCUAACUCGAGUAGCGGAGAUGAUUGGAGGAAAAAGCUGGGAGGAAUUGAUUAAGGAGCAUAUUUUUGAUACUCUAGAAAUGACAUCAUCUAAUUUCGCCACAACUGCCGACCCCACAAAACUGGAACUAGCCAAAGGUUACCUGGAUAAUUAUGGGGAGCUCACGGAAGUUCCUUGGGAAUUUUCCAGACGGUGGGGUGGUUUAUGUGGGUCGGGUUGUGUUUUGAGUACGUCCGACGACAUGGCAAAAUGGAUGUUGUUUCACCUAGGCAGCGGAGAAUCUAGAAGCGGUAAACGAUUAUUAUCGAAAAGUCGACUGUCUAUGAUGCAUUCUCCACAACUUAGGGUUUCCAGUAGCUCGAUAUCUAAAUACUUCACGCGACCAACAAUUCCGGUAACUCUAAGUGAGGACUCUUAUGCCAUGGGGUGGAAAAACGGUUACUACAGAGGAUACAAAAUUCUUUCUCACACUGGAAGUACAUUUGGAUACAGAGCCAAACUAACAUUAUAUCCCGACAUGCAAUUAGGCGUGUUCUCCGUAAUGACUGGAGAUGAUCCAGGCUAUUUAUAUCGUUCCAAUAUUCACAAUUUAGUUUCAGACAUGUACCUGGGCGAGGACCCCUGGCUCAAUGCCACUAUAAUGUGUUCAUUUCCAGAACCUUUUCAGACUAAAACGUCUUCAUCUAAACCACAAAUAAACACCAAAAGAACACCCGCCAGAAAUGUGAGCGAGUAUGUAGGUCUAUACAAAAACACCCCCUAUGGGUAUGUCUCUGUGAGUGAGAAUCAAGGUCAACUAUCCCUCCAGUACGGAUUUGGUCAGUUUGACCUUUAUGCAAAAAGGACCAAAGACGUAUUCUAUGUUAAGUCGGUAGGACUGAUUUCUGGACUUAUAAAUUAUAAAUCAAUGAAAUUUACUGAGGCCAGUGAUGGAAGUAUUUCUGCAAUUGAAAUAUCUGCUUUUGAAUCGAAAGACCCGCCAGUGUUCGUUAAAGUUUUAGCAUCAAUAGAACAACCUACUAACAUUGCUGUGCCGAAACUGUGUUUCACUUCACACAAAUUUCACUUGUAUUGGAGUUUUGCUCUCAUGGUGUUUCUGUUGAUUCUAUAAUGAUAAUGUGAUUCCGCUAUUCCUUGCUCUUUGAAAUUGAAUUUUAAUAGUUGAAACCUCUAUAAAAGGGUGAAGGCAAUUAAUAAGAGAUUUUGAAGAACAAUAUGUAGGUAUAUAGUGAAUUUUAUUGCACAAAAUGCUGAACAUUUCGUUUUCGCACAAAUUUUAUGUAGU